AUGCACACUCGAAGUUCUCAAGGAAAGGACCUUGUUUACAAUCCAGAGAUUGAACGCACUGCUCGUCUACAUCCAUCUACAUAUAGCAUAUCUCCUCAAUUGAUCAAUUCUGUACCACACUUUUAUGGAAAGUCGAUGGAGGAUCCGAACAUGCACCUUCGGGAAUUCUAUGAUCUGUGUAGGACACAGAACAUGCAACACCUAAAUGCAGAGGGACUCAGCAUGAUCUAUUACCACAUGGGAUCAGCUGGCUACCAAGUUCAUCACAAAGUAUUUCCCUGCUCAGAAAAGAAGGCAAUUGAGAAAGGAGGCUUGAACGAUGCCAACAAAGUCUUAGUGGACUCAGCAUGUGGGGGAGCUUUCAUGAAUAAAACAAGUAAUGAGGCUUUUCAAAUAUUUGAGACCUUAAGUGAAAAUUCUCAGCAAUUCUCUAUUGGAGGAAGACAAGGAUCAAGGAGUAGGAGUGUUUAUGAAGUAAAUGUUCGAAAUGGAUCUUCCUCGCAAAUAACAGCUAUUGAAAAUAAAUUAGACAUGCUGAUGAAGACCAUACUCCCAAUAAGACAAGCUACUCAAAGUGAGGUAUGUGCUAAAUGUUUCAAUAUUGAUCAUACAACUGAAACUUGUCACAUGUAUUCUACAGAGCUGGAACAAGCUAACUAUGCGGCACAAAGGUCAAGGUAUAACCCUUACUCCAAUACUUAUAAUCCGGGUUGGCAUGACCAUCCAAACUUAAGAUGGAGUAACAAUGACAAUGUCCAACAAGCAAUUACUGCACCUCAAGGCUCGAGCCAAGGACAAAUAGCUCAAGCUAUGAAUCCUCCAGCACUUUUGCAACGUGCACCUAGUAAGUCACUUGAAGAUUUGGUUAUGACGAUGGUUGAUAGCACUAAUUCCUUUAUACAGAAAGCGGAUAGUCGUUUCCAAAAGCAAGAUAAGGCUAUAGAGAACCUUGAGAGACAAAUGAGUCAAGUUGUGACUGUUCUUUCUCAAAGGGAACCGGGUAAACUGCCUAGCCAAACCGAAAUUAAUCCUAAAGGAGUAAACCCUGAACAAGCAGUAGCUGUGACUUUGAGGAGUGGAAAGCACGUUCUGGACAAGCCAAUGUUGAAUAACAAAGGAAAGAAUGAUGUGGUAGAGAAGGAGGACAAAAGAGACACAAUUUUUGGGCAAAAGGAGAUGGAAAAAAAUAUUGAGGAGAAGCAAACAACCGACCAUCAGAUUCCCAAGUAUGUGAAAUUUCUUAAAGAGCUUUGCACUAACAAGAGGAGAUUUGAAGAACAUGAAACAGUAGCUCUGAGUGAAGAGGUGUCAGCUAUGCUCCAACGUAAACUACCUCCCAAAUUGAAAGACCAUGGAAGCUUUACCAUACCGUGUACCAUCGGUGAAAAAAGGUUUGAAAAAGCCUUACUUGAUUUAGGUGCUUCUAUAAAUUUAAUGCCUUUUUCUGUUUAUGAAGCACUUGAUCUAGGUGAGCUCCAAGAGACUAGUGUGGCUAUUCAACUUGCGGAUAGAUCACUUAGACGACCAAGAGGUUUGUUGGAAGAUGUUUUGGUACGUGUGAAUGAAUUGAUCUUUCCGGCCGACUUCUUUGUGUUGGAGAUGGAAGAAGCUGUUAUGCCAGUCUCCUUACCCCUCAUACUUGGCCGGCCCUUCAUGAGAACUGCGCGUACCAAGAUUGAUGUCUAUGAAGGAACCUUGUCCAUGGAAAUUCAAGGAGAAAAAAUUGGCUUUAGAAUUUUUGAAGCAAUGAGGUAUCCUUGUGAUGAUCAAUCUUGUUUUUCCAUUGAUACUUUUGAUUAUUUGGUGCAGGAUACAUUCGAUACAAGCAUGGGUGAUGACUCUUUAAAAACUGUGCUGGAAUUGGGUUUGUUACCAUGCCAACAAUCAGCCAUCACAAUGACAAACCAAGAAGCUAUUUGGUGUGAAGAAUUGGAGAGUUCAGUGGCUGCCCUUGAAGCUUUGCCACAGAUACAAGCUAACCUUUCGGUAGAGGAUGAAGAUAAGCUGAUUCGAGUUCUCAGAGAGCAUAGAACAGUAAUUGGCUGGAGUAUAGCAGAUAUCAAGGGCAUAAGCCCAACCACAUGCAUGCAUAGAAUACUUCUUGAGGAAGGAUCAAAACCUACAAGAGAAUCCCAACGUCGAUUGAACCCUCCUAUGAUGGAAGUGGUAAAGAAAGAAGUUCUCAAACUUCUUGAUGCCGGUAUGAUAUACCCUAUCUCUGAUAGUAAAUGGGUGAGUCCUGUACAAGUUGUGCCCAAACGAUCUGGAAUAACAGUUGUGAAGAACAAGGACAAUGAACUAGUGCCUCAACGUUUGCAAACGGGCUGGAGAGUGUGCAUCGACUAUCGCAAGCUCAACAAUACUACUCGUAAGGAUCACUUUCCUUUACCUUUUAUUGAUCAGAUGCUUGAGCGUCUUGCAGGUCAUGCAUAUUAUUGUUUCUUGGAUGGCUACUUGGGCUACAACCAAAUUGUCAUAGCUCCGGAAGAUCAAGAGAAGACGACAUUCACUUGUCCCUUCGGAACAUUUGCAUAUAGGAGGAUGCCUUUCGUUUUCGGUAAUUCUUUUGACCAUUGUCUUCAUAAUUUGUCACUUGUUUUAAAACAUUGUCAAGAAACUCACCUUGUACUUAAUUGGGAGAAGUGUCACUUCAUGGUAACACAAGGCAUAGUUUUAGGCCAUAUUAUAUCUCCUAGGGGUAUUGAAGUUGAUAAAGCAAAGAUAGAUCUUGUUUCUAUCGGCGCUUCAUCAAGAAUUUCUCAAAGAUUACAAGGCCUCUUUGCCGCCUACUCCAAAAAGAAGUGGAAUUUGAGUUCAAUGAAGAAUGCAAAGUGGCGUUUGACCAGCUUAAGGGAAUGCACUAAAGUGAUUGUUUUUUCUGAUCAUGCAGCAUUAAAAUAUCUUCUCACAAAAAAGGAUGCUAAGCCCAGACUAAUUCGAUGGAUGCUCUUGCUUCAAGAGUUUGAUAUUGAAAUCAAAGACAAGAAGGGGUGUGAGAAUGUUGUGGCGGAUCAUCUCAGCCGCAUGACACAUACUCAAACUUGGGAAGGUGAGGUUUUACCCUUACAAGAACAAUUUUCUGAUGAACAAAUCUUUGCUAUGCAGGUUGCGGAUCCUUGGUAUGCGGAUAUCAUCAAUUAUGUUGUUACCAAGAAGAUUUCGGCGGACUUCACUAGAGCACAAAAGGAUAGACUUGUCACGAUGGCAAAGUACUAUGUGUGGGAUGAUCCAUAUUUAUGGAAGCAAUGCCCGGAUCAAGUGAUAAGAAGGUGUGUACCCGAAAGUGAGUUUGAUUCUAUUUUAACUUUUUGUCACUCUUAUGCAUGUGGAGGCCACUAUGGAGCUAAGAGGAAAGCUCUUAAAGUACUUGAGAGUGGUUUGUAUUGGCCAUCAUUGUUCAAGGAUGCAUAUCAUUUUUGUAAGACUUGUGAUCAUUGUCAAAGGACAGGUAAUAUUGGCCCAAGAAAUCAAAUGCCACUAAACCCAUUCAAUAUUGUUGAAAUCUUUGAUGUUUGGGGCAUUGAUUUCAUGGGUCCAUUUCCUUUUUCUCAUGGAUUCCUUUAUGUACUUCUCGCUGUAGAUUAUGUUUCUAAGUGGGUGGAGGCACAGGCCACUCGGACUAAUGAUUCUAAAGUUGUUCUCAGUUUUCUUCGAGCUAAAAUCUUUUCAAGGUUUGGUACGCCUCGAGCUAUUGUCAGCGAUGGAGGCACUCAUUUUUGUAACAGAUCCUUUGAAGCUUUGUUGAAGAAGUAUAAUAUCACUCACAAAGUGUCUACACCAUACCACCCUCAAACGAAUGGUCAAGCAGAAGUUUCGAAUAGAGAGAUUAAACACAUUCUAGAAAGAACCGUCAAUACAAACCGAAAAGAUUGGAGUGAUAGGUUGGACGAUGCUUUAUGGGCAUAUAGAACUGCCUACAAGACCCCCAUUGGCAUGAGUCCUUUUCGGUUAUUAUAUGGGAAGUCAUGCCAUCUUCCGGUGGAGCUUGAACACCGUGCUUAUUGGGCCGUCAAGAAGUUCAAUUUGCAUAUGAGGUUGGCGGGUGAUCAUAGACGUCUUCAGUUGAACGAACUUGAUGAGUUAAGGACUGAAGCAUAUGAGAAUUUUCAAAUUUACACGGAGAAGACAAAGGCGUUUCAUGAUAAGCUAAUUGCCACGAAGACUUUUGAAGUUGAAUCCAAAAUAGGGAGCAUUUUUAAGGUGAAUGGGCAUCGGCUUAAGCCAUACCUUGAGUUGGUCACAGAGCGAUUGGUGGAGAAUGUACCUCUCCACGACCCUGAUGUUAGUGCAUGA